AUGGGCUUAUCAACCUUGGCCUUUCUGAGAGGCGUGGCGUCUUGGAAGAAAGAGACUAAGCUGAAAAGGGAGGCUGCUCUACCUAGCUGUGGAGGAACAUAUCCUGGUGGUCCCAUCACUUGCACUCAGAGGAACGCUAAGGUGUGCAUUCUUGAGAAUGUUUACUGGAAGCAAUUUGGGCUUAUCUAUUUUGUUUGGGUUGCAUCUCUUGCUCUGCAGAUCACCAAGAAUUAUUAUACAACUUGCUCAACUCUGUAUUGGGUGGUGAAUUUGUUACAGAUCCCAGUUUGUUUUGGGGUGAGUUUGUUUGAAGCAUUUGGGCUGUACAAAGGGUGGAGAAAGAUUUCAUCCAACAAUGAUUCAACCUCCAAGUUGCGAGCAUGGCAACUCAUUAUUUUGUGCAUCUUUGGAAUAGUUGCUGGUACGGUUGGAGCACUGCUUGGUCUUGGUGGAGGCUUUAUUAUGGGUCCUCUAUUCUUAGAGUUGGGUGUCCCUCCCGAGGUUUCAACCGCCACAUCUACCUUUAUAAUGGUGUUCUCCUCAUCAAUUGCUGUGGUACAAUACUACCUUCUCAAGCGUUUCCCGGUUCCUUACGGUGUGUGCUUAACUGUGGUGGCAACUUUUGCUGCAUUUGUUGGACAACACGCAGUGAGGAAGGUGAUUGCGGUGUUAGGGAGAGCAUCAUUAAUCAUCUUCACUUUGGCCUUCAUAAUUCUCAUAAGUACAAUCUCAUUAGGUGGAAUUGGGAUCUCCAACAUGAUAAAAAAGAUUGAGCACCAUGAAAACAUGGGCUUUGAAAGCCUCUGCAACUACAACGCCUAAACCACU